UCUAUAUAUUUACUCACGCACAAAACAAAUCAAUACCAUCCUGAAUCCACCAUUAAUUAGUAUCACCACCUCUUCCAUUCCCUGCAAUGAGACUUGCGGUCUUUUCGUGGCUUUUCUUGAUCCCCAUUUACUCACCUUUCCUAAUUAGCAUUUGUGUCUUUGGCGUGUCUGGGCAAUGUUUCGGCAAUCAGCAGUCCUUGUUACUGCAAUUGAAGAACAACCUUACAUUCGAUCCUGCUAUGUCCAACAAACUUGUUAAGUGGAAUCAAAGUGCUGAUUGUUGUUCUUGGGAAGGCGUCACCUGUCAUGAGGGACGUGUUAUUGGUCUCGACCUGACCAGUGAAUCCAUUUCGGGUGGACUUGACGAUUCAAGCAGUCUCUUUAGUCUUCAGUAUCUCCAGAGCCUGGAUUUGGCUUACAAUGACUUCAACUCUUCUCAAAUUCCAUCAAAGUUUGACAAGUUGACGAAUUUGAGUGAUUUGAAUCUAGCAAAUGCUGGCUUUGCAGGGCAGAUUACUUCCACUCAGUGGGAAGAACUUCUGAAUCUAGAGACUCUUGAUUUAAGUUACAAUUCAUUGAACGGGGAUAUUCCAGUUUCAUUGUUUCACCUCCCAUCAUUGCAGGUAUUUCAACUUUCCAAUAACCAAUUUUCUGGGCAACUCAAGGAAUUUUCCAACAUUUCUUCUUACAAACUACUACAGCUUGAUUUGAGCAAUAACGAGUUGGAAGGGCCAAUACCCAUAUCUAUCUUUGGACUUCGAGGUCUUGCAACCCUCAUUCUUUCUUCGAACAACUUUGAUGGCUCCAAUUUGUUGGAUGAAUAUAGUGGUUUUAACCUUUCGUCUUCCCACUGUCCCCCUUGGUUAGGCUUGGCUUCUUGCAAGUUGAAAAAAAUUCCUGAUUUCUGUAGAAACCAAUCCAAAUUAUACAUUUUAGACCUUUCAAGGAACCAGAUAUAUGGAGAGAUGCCUAAUUGGAUCUGGAAACUUCCCCAUCUUAGAUUUCUAAAUCUCUCCUAUAACAACUUGGUCACUCUCAAAGGACCUAUCUCCAAUAUCUCUACUAUUUUUAAGACAAGAUCUCUAGACUUUCGCUCCAACCAGUUCCAAGGCCAACUCCCAGUUCUCCCACCUGUCAGCUACUUGGAUUUCUCCAUGAAUAAUUUUCAUUCUAUCUUACUAGCUAGCAUCGGCCAGUCCCUUGAAUUCACACAAUUCUUUUCUAUUUCAAGUAAUAAAUUAUAUGGGAGUAUCCCUGGAUCCAUAUGUAAUGCUACAAAUCUUCGAUUUUUGGAUCUGUCUGAUAAUUACUUCAGUGGCACAAUUCUCCAAUGCUUGACUGAGAUGAGUGGGGCUCUUCUUCAGGUGUUGAGUCUAAGGAGAAACAAUCUCAAUGGCUCAAUUCCUGAUACAUUUUCAGAGUCUUGUAAUUUACAAACUUUAGCUAUCAAUAAAAACCAUCUAGAGGGAAAGUUACCGAAAUCUCUGAAGAAUUGCCAUUCAUUGGAGGUCUUGGACAUUGGGAAUAACCACAUCGAAGACACCUUCCCAUUUUACUUGAAUGGAUUAGCCGCAUUGAAGGUUCUUAUUUUGCGAUCUAACAAAUUUUAUGGGCCCAUUGGUCAUCCAGAGCUUGCCCCUUGCCCGAAGCUUCAAAUCAUAGAUGUGGCUUCAAACAAUUUUACUGGUCACCUUCCAAUAGUACUCCUUUCUACUUGGAUGGCGUUGACUGAUCGUGCACAUGAGGCCAACUCAAAACUCAAUCACAUCCAAAUUGGUAUUGGUAGUUUUUAUUAUCAAGAUACCGUAACAGUUACUAGCAAGGGUUUAGAGGUGGAGCUAGUGAAGAUCCUAACUAUCUUCACCACCAUUGAUUUUUCUUGCAACAACUUUGAUGGUCCUAUACCUAAAGAAAUUGGAGAAUUCACAUUGUUAUAUAUUCUCAACUUGUCACAUAAUGCUUUCACAGGCUAAAUCCCAACAUCUCUGGGGAAAUUAAGUAAUCUUGAGACACUAGACUUAUCAAGCAACAAGCUUACUGGAGAGAUUCCUAUGCAACUCGCCAAUGGUCUUAUUUUCCUUUCGGUCCUCAACCUUUCCUUCAACCAAUUGGUGGGACCUAUUCCAUUUAUCAAGCAAUUUGCUACAUUUUCGGAAAAUUCCUUCAAAGGAAACGAAAGAUUAUGUGGGUUGCCUUUGAAAUCCCAGUGUUCACAUGAGGAGCCACGAUUGUCACCUCCAACGACAUAUGAAGAAUCUCAUAGGAGUAUGAUUGAGUGGAAUUACAUAAGUGCUGAACUAGGAUUUAGUUUUGCUUUUGGAAUUGUAAUGGGGCCCCUUAUGUUUUGGAAGAGGUGGAGGAUAUGGUAUUACAAACAUGUUGAUGACAUUCUUUUCAAGAUCUUUCCUAAACUGUAUCUUGGAAAUGAAUAUCGUCGAAGACCAGCAGUCAACAAUCAACAACAGAGGCACUAGUUAUAGUUAUGAUCAACGCAACACUUCCAGGGUUUUCUUAAGGCAUGACUCCAAUGGCAAAUGUAACUUUACACAGCAACCCAAAUGAGGAAUAUUGCCCACAUUUCCAAGCAUCUUAUUUGCAUAAAUGCAUGUGGGCUUCCAUAGGCCUAGGAAUCGAAGAUGCCUUGAAUCAAAUGGCCUUUUAUGACCAUUUCUUCACAACUCAUUGUGUAUCUUUAAUUAGUAAUUAGUUGCAGUGACUCUGAUGGAGCUAGGGGGAAAUAUUCUGGAAUUUGAGCAGUUGAUAGUUCUUGUUUUCCGUUAUGUUUCAUUGUGCCUAUUCUCUUGUCCAAAAGAUUUUGUAGUGAUUCACGUUAGAAAUGUGAGUGUGAAAUUUCUGCAAACACUUGUAAUAGAAGAGCAGAUUCCGAGAGGUGUAGGUGAAAAUGACUUUUGAUUGAAAGGAUUAACUAACUCCUUACUUAAUUACUUUCACUUGCAGAGAUAUGUUGCUCCAAGUUUACUCCGGAGGGAAUUUGCUGAAGUCUCUAUGAUUUCUUUGAUGUCGCUAAAUAAUUCACUGUAAUUUCAUGACGUUGUUAAUCAAGAUGAUUAUGAGUGUACCUCUUUGAAUUCUAAUUAUAUUUCUUGUUUAGUGCUUUAUUUUAGUGUUGCUUGUGCUUGAAAAGCAUGUUAGACUGACUUGGCUACGUAAAAAGCAUGUUAUUAGCUUAAAUUUUUGGGACAAGUGGCGAUUGAACAUGGUA